UAUAAGACCUGCCACCAAAAAGACCUAGUGGCAAGGAGAGAAGAUCUUCUUAGGGUCCCCAAGGAAUUAUUCCUCUUUGGACCUGAACAAGGAAAAAGGAUGGAAGCAAAAGAAUUCACAUCUUCUCAAGCAGAAUCCAUGUUCACUGAAGCUGUCCAGAAGCUGGGAUUUGGACCAACCAAGGGUGGACUCUCAGAAUUUAGUUCAGAAUUUGGUAUCAAGCAAAGCAAACAUUCAGAAUGGAAGGACACCCACCAGUCAAACUCAGAACAUUCUUAUUUCUGUUCAGCAAAGUAUAGCUAUGUGCCCCUGGCCUCUUUCCACUUUCGAAUUGAUCAGCUUCAGCUCUCCACAGCUGCUCUCAAGGAGUUGAAAAUCAUUGAAGAGCAGCUGGAACACACUGAAGAAGCAGACAAAUUCCUCUCACUGAGAAACAGGACUGAGGAAUUCUUCAACAGAUUUGGUUCUCAUGCUAAUCAAGGUCCUUUGCACCUUGGGGGAAUCUACUGCUGGAAGGCCAUUUCAGAAGGUUUCAAAAGGGACCAGCUAGAUCAUGUGAAGCAACAGGCAGCAGAGGCCUUAGACAGUUACAUAAGGGGGCACUACAAUGGCUUUGAGGUGGAUGUUGGAGCAAGGAUGAAAACAUCAGAUUCAUAUUCAGUGAGAUCCUGCCAGAAUGCAGCUAAUCAACAGCUCCAAAUCAAUGUUCAGGUCUCUGUGGCCCAGACAGGUGGACCAGCAGAAGCAAAUGGAAUUGUCCAGUGGACAGCUGGCCUUCUCACAAGCAACAAAACCUGGUCUGUCAUUGACAAGGGACUUCACUUGGUGCCCAUUUGGGACAUCAUCCUCAACAGCCACAGAAGUGAUUUUAAGGAUCCCCUUCAAAUGGCUAAAUGUUUGAAAGACAACUACACUGCACUGGCUGGCCUUUCUGCUCAGAUACAGGAUGAGGAAUAUGUGUAUAGUACUGGGCAAGAAACUAGACUUUUUCAAAAGAAUAUGAAAUCCCAAGAGGUUUCUGAUUAUGAGGGGAAACUUAAAAUACUGAUAGAUUCCAUACAAAUACUGCGUCAAAAAAUUAAAAAUUAUGCCAUUUGGAUUUAUAUGUUUCUCACAGAUUGGCAAUUGCAGAGUUUUCUACUAAGCACAGUCAACAUUCUGAAAAAAGCUGCCACUUAUAUAACUCAAUUCAUUAGUGCCCAGGAGUGUAGACUCAAUGACGGGGACUAUAAAGCCACCACUGCUUCUUUGCAGAUGAAAAAACAGUUGCAGUGGCUCUACCCUAAAAGGAAACAGACUUAUAACAAAAAAAAUCAUGAAACUAACGCAAAGGAAAUGAUACAAGUGGGAUCUUUCCUGGAAUUACUCCAGCGUCUAGGCCUAGAACAUUUCUACCCAAAAAGGAUGAGCAGAGCUGACUUCCAUCAGAUCUACAAGAUAUCGGUACACAAGUACCAGCCAAGAUCCGAACAGCAACUUCCUAACUAUUUUCUACAAAAACUACUGAUGUUGGAUUGCAGGUUGAGAAAACUGACUUACAAAGAUGAAGAAGACCAUGUCUUUAAAAGUUCCUUCUGUCAGAAAAAUGAGGGUUUUGAUCCAUAUGAAGAGUCCGUUGAAGACAGUGAUGAUAUCAUGAAGUCAUUAGCCAAAAAGUCACAGCCCUACAUUCACCCAAUGGAUACCCAGAUGGCCAUUUUACACUGUGCAGAUGAUCUUGCCAGGCAAUAUAUUUUGUCCAAACUUUCUAUUUGUCAAUAUGCACUCCCUCUUGUGGUGCCAAAUCCUAACACUUCUCAAAUCGAAUUCUUUCUCUGGUCUCUCAGACAAAUUAGGAGGAGUUGGCAAGAAUCCAGUGAGUCACCACAGGACAAAAGCUACAGUCACAAGGAUCAGCAGAUGUGUCAUGUCUCUACCCCCAUUGUGUCCUUCGUUAGAGUUGGAAAUGGCCUCUCUGCUUCCAAAUCUCAGAUCAUG